GAUAAUGUAUUUAGUGUAAAUAUUUUAGUAUUAUCACCAAUUCCAUCUCAUAGUCACUCGUUAUGGCAUCGUGUACUUGUUCAAGAAUUGGUCAAAAAUGGUCACAAUGUUACAUUUGUUUCACCUGAUUUUGAAAAAAAUCCUAAUAAUUAUACUUUUAUACAUCUUGAAGGUGUUUAUGAAAAAUUACUUGUGGAGGAUUGGAAUUUCGAUGAAUUUGAAAAAGUCAAUCCAUUCGAUACCCUGUUAUUAGAUUGGGGUCCAACUUGUUGUCAAUUUCAAUUGGAAUCAAAUGGAUUUAAACAACUUAUGGAAUAUCCAAAAAAUACAUUUGAUUUAAUAAUAUAUGACAUAUCAAUGUUACCAGAAUGUAAUUAUCCAUUAAUUAAGAAACUUGGCUCCCCGCCAAUAAUUGGUACCAGUCCGUUAGGAAUGCUACCAUGGUACAACGUACAUACUGGUGAUUGGUUAUAUCCAGCAAUUUUCCCAUUUUAUACUUUACCAUGUGAUGAUAAAAUGUCGUUUGGAGAACGAUUUAUAAAUUUUUAUGUACAUUUAUAUCAAAUAUGGCAUCGAAUUUAUAUCACAACCCCGAAAGUUUUAAAUGUGAUGAAAGAAUUUUAUGGUCCUGAUGCUGAUUAUUCUUUGGAUUUGGAUAAACAAAUUAGUUUGUUUUUAAUGAAUAUGGAUCCUGUUCUUGGAUAUCCAAGACCUUUAACACCCAAUACCAUACCGAUUGGUGGCUUACAUAUUAAAUUAAAAGGAAGUUUACCAAAAGAUGUAAAGGAAUUUUUGGAUAAUGCCAAAGAAGGUGCAAUAUUCUUUUCUAUGGGAUCUAAUAUUCGUUCAGAUAUUCUAGAUAAAUCGAAAAGAGAAGCUUUAUUAAACGCAUUCGCUCAAUUACCAUAUAAAAUACUGUGGAAAUUUGAAUCCGAUAAUUUACCGGGGAAACCUGAUAAUGUGAUGAUCCAUAAAUGGUUGCCACAACCCGACGUUUUAAAUCAUCCAAAUGUAAAAUUAUUCAUAACGCAUGGUGGAGAAUUAAGUAGCCAAGAAGCAAUUUAUUUUCAUAAACCGACAGUUGGAAUACCAAUAUACUUAGAUCAAAAGUUUAACACUGAACGAAUGCAACGAAAGGGCAUAAGUAUUGCCUUAAAUUUGCACACGCUCAACGCAAAUGAUAUUGUUAAAGCUGUCCAUGAAGUUAUUGAAAAUCCAAAAUACACAAAAAACAUCGAACGUAUAUCUUCUGCAUUUCGUAACCAACCUCUAACGCCAAUGAAAAGAGCUAUAUUUUGGAUUGAAUACGUGAUUCGCCAUAAAGGAGCUAAAGAAUUAGAACCAGCAUCUUUACACAUGCCUUUCUAUCAGACAUAUUGUUUAGAUAUCGUUGCCAUAACUUUAAUAUUCAGUAUUUUAAUUCUUUAUAUUUUAAAAAUGGUUCUUAGCAAAUGUUUAACACUUUUAUGUAAAAAUACACUUAAAACUAAACAUAAGACACAAUAAGCUCGAAAGAAUUAGCUAUU